AUGCCGUCGUCGACGCGGCUUACGGUCGCGCUCAACAGCAACCGCAACACCAAAACCAUCAUCCUCGUCCCCAGCAACUCGCCCGCGGACCCGGACGCGCCCGACUCGAUACGCGCACACGUGCUCAAGUCGGCGCACUCAAAGCUCCGCCUGAAGCUCAACAAGAAGACGAAGAAGAAGCCGAACACGCCAGGCGCGCGCUUCUUCGCCGCGCGCACCGGCAGCGAACUCGUCACCGCCGACGACUGGGCGCGCGCCACGAGCACGUCCGACGCCGUCAUCCUGGCGUCGGCGGGCGAGGACUUCGUCGGCGGCACCGUCAAGGCGUCGUCGUCGUCGUCGUCGUCGUCGUCGUCGAAACCCGAAGCACAUGACGACGACAGCGGUAGCAGCAGCACCAACGCCGCCGCCGCCGCCAUCGUCACCAACCUCGCGCACUCCGCCCACGUCGACGCGCAAGCGCUGGCCCAGCUCCACGCCACGGCGCAGACGCUGCUCCCGGGCAUCGCGCUCGCGGUCGGGCAGCCGGACUUGCACCCCGGCAGCAAGUUCCCCGUCGGCGCGGCGUUCGUGUCGCGCGGCUGGGUGCACCCGCCGCUGAUCGGCGGCGACAUCGGGUGCGGCAUGGCGUGGUUCCGGACGGCGCUGUCGGCGGCGCAGGUCGACGGCGAGAAAGGGGGCAGGAAAGUCGCGGAGCGGCUGAGGGGGUUGGAAGGCCCGUGGAGGGGCGCCGCGGAGAGAGAGGCGUGGGUAGGUGAGGAGGGGAGGGCGGGCGGGGAGUGGGAUCGGAGUUUGGGGACGAUCGGGGCGGGGAACCAUUUCGCGGAGAUUCAGGUCGUGGAGAAGGUGAUGGAGGGGGGGCUGGAAGGCGGGCUGAGGGAGGGCGAGGUGGUGUUGCUGGUGCAUUCGGGGUCGAGGGGGUAUGGCGGCGACGUCCUGAAGCGGUACACCGGCGACGGGAAGCGCGAGUCGCUGCGCGAGGGCGAGGGGCUGACGGACAGGUACUUGGAAGAGCACGAUCGCGCGUGCAGGUGGGCCAAGGCGAACCGCGACCUCAUCGCCCUGCGCUUCCUCGCCGUGUUGGAGCCCGGCGAUGAACGCUGGGCGCUCGGCAGCAACAACCUCGAAGAUGUCGACGCCACGGACGAGACGGCCCUCAAACAGCUCGUCCAGCGGGCCCGCGAGAAGGUGCUCGAGCGCAAAGUCGUCGACAUCUGGCACAACAACGUCCAGCGCGUCCCGUGGCCCCUCGACGUAGACGCCUCCGCUGCUCCCGGCCUGGACACGGCAACCGCCUCACCCAGCCUCUCGAAUACAAACGGCCAACAACGUCGUCGUCGACAGCACGCCUACAUCCACCGCAAAGGCGCCGCGCCCACCCUGGACCCGGACUCGCUCGCCCCGCUCCCCUUGCUGCCGCUGCCGGGCAGCCGCGCCACGCCGACGGCCAUCCUCGCGCCGACCUUCUCGCCGCGCAACGCGGCCGGCGCCGCCAACGCCUUCUCGCUCGCGCACGGCGCCGGCCGCGCCAUGUCCCGCGCGAAGGCCUUGCAGAGCUUGAGCGCCAAGUACCGCGGCGACGCGGACGCGUUGCUGAGGCCUGGGAAGGUCGCUGCUGCUGCUGCUGCGGCGGCGGCGGCGGCGGCGAAGAAGGAGGUGGCGGGAAGGAUGGUGGAUGGUGGAGAUGGUGGUGGUGGUGGUGGUGGCGAGGAGCCGGCGGUGAUGGUUGGGAGUGGUGCUGAGAAGGGGGCGGGGACGUGGGUCGUUUGUGAGGAGAAGCAGCUGGUGUGGGAGGAGGCGCCCGAGGCGUACAAGGAUGUUUGGGCCGUGGCGGCGGAUUUGGUCAGGGCGGGGGCGGCGGAGGUGAAGGGGUGGUGCGCGCCGAGGGUCAGUUAUAAGGUCAGGAGUAAGUAA